GGAUGCACUAAGCAGUCAGGCAACAGCCAACUCAACAGAGUGUUGUCCAGUGUAGGCGAGCUGACUAUAGCCAGCAUCGUGAGGUGUCAGGCUGGGACCUACACCUGUGUGACUGCCCCUCCCAACCCUGAAGACCCUAGCUACCAGCACCUCCGUUGAGGUGGUUAUAUCCUCCGCUCCUGCCAGUUGUGGAUGGAGCAGCUUGAGAAAUCAUGAACUCUAAAAACUCUGAUAACUAUAACAUGCCUACUAGCUUUU